AUGGCUCGCUCAAGGGCUCGCUCAUCGGGGGAGAUGCCCAAAGAGCCACACGUGGUCUCACUGAAAGUUCUCCGUCUAUCAAGACCUUCGCUGGCAGAACAACACCCUUUGCCGCUUGAAGAUCCUAGAUGUACUGCGUCACUUGCCUAUCCUUCAGAACACAUAGAUCACGUUUUUGCCCUGAGCCCACUGCUAACACUUCCGCCAUCCUUCGGGUCGACUUAUGUUGGUGAAAUGUUUGCUUGUUCACUCUGCGCCAAUAAUGAAUUAAUGCCGGGUGAAACCUCCAGAAUGGUAAUCUCGAUCGGAAUCUCGGCCGAAAUGCAGACCCCUUCUCAGACCAUCCCAUUAGAACUCGAAACUUUAACACAGCAAGAUGAAGAAAAAGCCUUUACGCCGGGGAGCUCGAUCCAGAAGAUUGUCCGGUUCGACCUCAAAGAAGAAGGAAAUCACGUUCUCGCUGUCAAUAUAACGUACAUGGAAAAUACUUUGGCGGCGGAGAUUGGUUCAGCUGCUACUGGCGGCCGAAGCCGGACCUUCAGAAAGCUCUAUCAAUUUGUUGCUCAGCCAUGCUUGAGCGUGCGGACUAAAGCCACAGAGCUUUCCUCGCAUGAGAUCGAGGACAAAACUCUUGGGCCGUAUGGAAAAUCAAAAUUAUUGAGAUUUGCGUUGGAAGCACAACUCGAGAAUGUGGCGGAUAUGGCAAUUACGCUCGAGCAGACCAGCUUGGACGUCAGAGCUCCUUUCAAGUCCACGUCUAUGAAUUGUGAUGGAGAUCUUCUAAUAGAGUCCUCUUUCAAAUCUAUGCUGAGUCCUAGAGAUGUGCUCCAGGUAGCAUAUUUGGUCGAGCAGCAGGGGGAGGUCACUGAUGGUUUAGAUACUUUGAGAAGUGACAUGAAACGUGACGGGAGAACCGCGCUAGGCCAGCUAUCUAUUGAAUGGAGAGGGCCAAUGGGAGAACGUGGAUUCUUGACAACUGGGAAUCUACUUACCCGGCGCAUUGUGGCCUAG